UAUCCUGAGGCUGCUGUCAUGGAGUCCAGCGCCUCGGGGAGCAGAACACGAGCAAUCAGAUCCGUCCCCUUUUCUGAGCCGGCUUUGGGUGCGCCAUACCGGCCAUAUCGCUCUCCAGAUUCCACCAGGGGCCGCCUAUUCCUCCGAUCUGGAUGCUGCGACCGUCAAUAGAGACCUUGACUAGAUCCAUUUCGGUGGACAACCCCCCCCAGUUUCUUGUCAGGCCCCGGGGCAUUAUACGAUAUGGACGCUGGGGAGUAUGAUACUAAUACCCUGUUAAUUAAUAAUAUUUCCUCCAUCGCUUUCCGCGUCUACGAGCCUGUUGUCUCCCCGUCCUCGACCUACACCUUCAACGCCUCCGAUGUUGAGAGCGCCUUACGCAGCGAUGGGCAUCUGGCAUAUAUGGAUGCCGUGCGGCGCGGCAUUUGGUGCUUCUAUCUUUCCGGGAAAGAGGCGGCGUCAGGGCACGCCGAGCAAUACACACUCGGCACGACAAUCGACGUUUGCGGAUAUCAUCUCGCGCUCGUGGAAGAGGGUGCCUUUGAACCCGUUAGUUUGUUGAAGAGUCGGCCGCCAGGCACGAAUCCCAUCAAUACUCCAAGCAGCUCCUCAUCUAGCGGUUCGGCCUUGGAUGCGUCGGCGAGAAGCACCCUGCCUUUCAAUGCGGCCUCUGCAAACUCCAUGGGUGGCGCUGGUCCGGUUGAGGUGGAGGGGAAGAUUGUGCCCAGCAUCAUACCUGAUCCGAAAGGAUAUGGGUCUGUGCCUGUGAAGGAGAUGCAUGAGUUCUUCAUCAACGCCCUGCUCUCGUCUCUAUCCAUCAAUUUUUGUCGCAGCACAGGGGCUAUAUCCUUGACUUCGAGGACCGUACUCCUCCCCCCAGAUAUAUCGCGGCUGAGGAACAUGGAAGUUGGCGGGUAUGUUCCUGCAUCUGCUAUGGCAACCUUUCGAGUCUAUCUCACGACAACUGGCUCGUUGAUCAUCAACCUGAGCAUAUUUCUCGUGGAGGGUCUGGUAUCUGCUGCAGAGAGCCUACAUUCGAACUUGUGCCCCUCAGGCACUCCUGUUUUAGCCGCACCUCUCGGGGCUUUUGCGUCCUUCCAGGGCUUCCCCGACAAGGACGUCCACAACUCUGACAACGUCGCUGUUCAGUCGCCGGAUACCCAGGUUAGCCGAUUCAGGCCAGACUCCACGGAUAAGUUCUCGCAAUGGAGAAGCAAUCUUUCCAAACUGCUUCAGAUGCGUGGCAUAUCACCUACGGUACUUGAUGGCUGUUCUUGGCUGAAUAUACAGUUCCUACGUCGGAAGCCUCAUGAACAGCGACUCGAUGGAAAGCGAAGCCCUCUGGGCAACCCCCCUUCUAUAAUAGCGUGGCCUUCCGUUCUCUGCUUUCGGAAGCCUAUGGCUGGUCUUCUACCCAGACACAGCACCGGGAAGACCUUGGAUACGAACGGGAGCAAAGAUUUCGACCCUCUGAACGCUGCAAAGGCGUGGAAUGACAAGAAUCUCGAGAGGGAGGAGACCUUCUCUAAGAGGAGAAAGGAACGGGAGGUGGCUACCGCGGCACGAUCGACCGCCGAGCUAGACGGCAGGAAUCAACAGCCCAACGGCGCAUCUCCACUGAUGCUGAGACGAGCCAGCAAUGCUGGAGCCGCGCCUGGGGCUGCAGGCGGGGCUGCUGGCGGUACCAUGUACCCGACGCCGCCUGAUGCGGUUCAGCCUCCUGGAGUUACUCCAUCAUUCGACGGCGCGGUUUCCAGCCCGGCCAAUCCACCAAACGCUACUGCCAUUACCGAAGUUGAUACCACCAUGACAACAGAUCAACAGCUCAGUGCCGAGUUUGCUGAUGGGUGGGAUUCUGACCAGAAGCGCGAGCAAGGGGCUGUUUUCCUUGAAGGGGAGAAUCUGUUCGGGGACUUGGGCGAGGACAUGUUCAACAACAACGAGCUAACAGAUGCCGACUUCAAUUUCUUCGAUGAGGAGCCGGGCCACAUGGAACUGGAUCUCUCCGGCCUUCCAGAUAUGGAUUCUGCCAUGGAUAUGCCAGCCAACGCGCCCCAGACCACCGCUGAGCCAUCCCAGAGCACGAUGCCAACAGGAGGAGGAGGAAACCAGCCAUUUGCAACGCCAGUCUCGCCUGAGUUUACCAAACCAGAGCUCAAGCAUGCCAGGAGCACGCUUAACGAGGACGGAAGACAGCAGAUGAACCUCGAGAGUUUCAAUGCCAACGCCUCAUUGCGUGGCAUCAAGAGGCAGCCCAGUCCCUUCAACCCCGACACAGUGUAUAAGCGCAUUCGGGCGUCGUUUCAGGGGCCGUCUCCCCCCAGAUCCGCCGUUGCCGCCGCUCCCACUCGCCGAAGCAGUGUGUUUGAGAAGGUGGAUUUCGACCCUUCCCUUUCUCUUGCCAACAAAAAGUACCAAGAAAGCGGCCAAUUCGACUAUCCCUUGUCGUUCCUCAGAGAGGAGAAGAAGGGGGUGGAUUACAGCGACCCUCCGACUGCGGGCCGCUAUCAAGGACGGAUAAAAAGCCAAAGUCUCAAGGAGUUGCCCAGCAAUAUCGGCGCUUUGAUUGCCAAGCUGACAGGGGGCUUGGAGAGUAGCUCUCUGCAGCAGGGCUCGGUCAAGCGGGAAGAUCAGCUCUCUGAUACCGACGAUAUGAGCCUCAUAUCGGACCAGGAUGAUUCCAGCGACACCACGGAUGAGCCCUCGUCUCCAGCCAAGUCCAACGUGGUGCGCAAACGGGUUGACGAUGACACACUGUCCUUAGCGGCAUCCUUCAACGAAUUCGAACUCAGCAUGGCGGAAUCACCUGCUUACGGAUCCGGCGAACUGCCUCGGUUGUCGAAUCCGGGAACUCAAGAGUUCGCCGUGACGAAGUACUUUGCAGACCCUGAGCCCUGGCCCCUCCAACUAACCUGCCCAGACGAUGAAUUCAUCACCGUCGCGCAGAUCCUCACCGAGCAGGCAGUGAGCGGUACGCUGGUUCUGGGCUCGAAGAAUCCUGAGGCAGAUCCGCGAGAGACUCGACGGGGCAUUCUUAAUGCUACACGCCGCUCCCUGCAAUGUCUCCGCUCCGUUCUUCCAACGUCUCUCGGCAACGCAAGCCAUUGCCAGUUCCGUCCGUUCAUCGAAGUCCAAGACGUGCCGCUUCUAGGACCGCCGAGCAGGAUGCAGCCCCGGCCAGCCGGCCAGGAACUGGUUCGGCCCAAUCUUUUCCAGAUCCCAGCCCCUCACGUCGAGCUUCGGCGGUACGAAUCCACUCUUUCUCUGCUGCCCUCCGCUGUGGCCUUUUGGGAAAGCCUAGGCCUCGGCCCAUCUCAAGGAGGCAAAGACAUCAACGCCACAUGCGUGUUUCCGGACUGGGUUGGCAUGCAUGACAAUGCCGGCUCCUUCCUGGAUCGGAUACGCAGUGUCUACGAGUCUCUGAAGAUGGGGACCUUUGAGCGGAUGCCAUCGUCGAACGGUGUCGUCGACGGCUGCCUCGCCUACGUCGACGACAGGGAUCUGGCUAGCCCUCGGUCCACAGCCCCCCUGGCAUGCUCGGCUCUGUCCGAGGGCAUGUUGAAGCUCAGCCAGGCACUCUCAUCCCUGACGGUGACAGAUAAGAACUGCGUCGUAUACUUUGUCUACAUUCCGGAGAUUCCCAGCUCGAUCGUCGAAUCCUGCUCGGCGUUUCAGGAGCUGUUCGCAAGGUAUAAGAAGGCAAUGGCGGACAAGCAUAAGCCCGUUGGUAACGAACUGGUGCUUCAACUUGUUCCACUGGAUUUCCUAGCCUCGGAGUCUUCGGUUCCGAUCUUAUCGCCCGGGGAGUACACCAAGCUCUGCCUCGAGACGUACGACCGCUGCACACUAUUCGGUGGCCCGAUGCCCGCCCCGGCCAUCGUCCUCGAGCAAGCCUUGCCCAGGAUGAUCGACUUCAAGUUGACUACAACACCGUCCGCAAACCUGCUGCAUGAGAAUUCCUGCAUUCACAUUGCCUACGCCCAGAGCGUCGACGACCGGUGGGUGACAGCGGCAUGGACAGACAACCGCGGGAGUAAGCAGAUGACUGCGUCGUAUUGUCUGGGCAGGAGAGGGAAGCAGCUUUCGACACCUCUGGCGGAUAUCGUACACGAGAUCUGGGAGACGACACACGAUCUGACCUCGAUGUGGAAAGUCCAUUGGCGAGUCGUCGUAACCAAGUGCGGCCCAAUGGACCAAACCGAGGCCGAAUACUGGACGACUCUGGCGCAGACGGAGAAUAAGGCGUCGGUCAGCCUGACCCUCGUGACGGUCGAUACCAAUCCCUCGCUGCAGCUGAUACCCCCCGUUGUCAAAAUCCCGCCCACGGCGCCUUCGAUCAUGUGCACAACCCCGGCCUCGACGCCACAGCCGUCAUCGAUCGUGUCUCCCGAGCAGAGCGGCAACACACCCACUCCCAUGGGUGCGACCAGCUCCAUGAGCGCGACAACCCCUGGAGGGGACACGGGCGCGACCGAGCCUGAUGCAGACACGACUCUCGUCGAUGUCACCGACACUACCUGGGGAGCCGUUGUCUCGCACCGACUGAACAACUCUCCUUCGCUGACGGACCUGAAUCCCGCGCUCCAAAGCGGGUACCUCGUCAAGCGCGGGGGCACGAGCGCCGAAGAUCCGCCCGUGGCCAUGGAGGUCAAUAUCAUCCACAGCGAGGGCAACCCGCACCCCCGGCUGUACGAGGGCCUACUGAGGGAGAUGCUCAGCUGCUUUAGGGGGCUGGGGACGCUCGCGAGGUUGAGAGGGGUUGUAGAUCGCGAGACGGACGUCCGACCAUGGCACAUCGCCGCGGCAGAGAAGGGGGUUCGCGCUCUAUACCAGCUAAUGUGAGCGAGCAGCUUGCUAAUGGUUUCUUAUCGGUUAGGAGUUUGGCUCGGAUUUUGGUUGGCAGCAGACUCGGUGUUGGGCGCCCGCAUAUGGAUGGGGUGUGGUCAUGAGUUAGCAAUUAUGUUGGUGGUCUUACAUGGAUACUUGUAGGAAUACCCGGGAGAUGAUAGCAUCGGUGAUAGAUAUUGGUGCAUGGGUGAACAAAGUAUGGGGGUUAAGAUAAUAUGAAUCUCCUACCCCCUCCCUUUUUUUCACCAUGACAAUUCUCUCUCUCUGUGUUUACUC